AUGUGGGCCCAAUCAUCGGCCGACGGCGCACGACUGGAAGUGAUUACGCAGGGCCCUGUACGCUCGCGCCAGAUCGAUAACUGGAUUGACCGAGUUCUCAUCGGAGGCCCAGGCUUCAAUCAAUUCUCGGCCUGUUUUGUUUCCGGCGUGGGCGACUAUUUUGGUGGCUGCAAGGUUAAACUCGUCACCUAUUUCGUAGGGGAUGGGCGGCCACUUGUGAUAACGCGUCGUCUCGCCGCACAGCUAUCUUAUGUUCGUGUAUGCGCGAUCUGAGCAUGCGUCCAGUCUGUCCUGUGUAGUUACAUGGACAAUUUUGACACGGAAUGCGAUACACUACUCCAGAUUGCUCUUCAGGCUUUAACCGGUCUUUGAUUUUCAUUACUCUAUUGCGCAUGGUGGCUUUGGGUUGGUGUGCAGUUCCAACACCUAGCUCCGCAGCAAUGCGUUCUGUCGCUUCUGAAACGUCCUUGAUGUAUUGCAGUGAAUGCCAUAUCGUCGGUGGCGUUUAUGUUCGAGUUCUCUGAUGGCGAACGCGUAGGCAGCGACUUAUGAAUGCCCUCGGAUAGCCAUUUUGCACAAACUGGUCGCGGAGAUAACAGGUCUCACGUGCUCUGUCCUCUGGUUUGCCGCAAUGAGUUUGGAUCCGUUUGAAGAGCGUCUUCACAAAACUUCGUUUUUGAGCCACCUGAUGGUUGCUGUGAAAACUGAGAAGCUGUGUGACGUUCGUUGCCUUCCUAUAGACCGUCGAUUCAAGUUAACUGUUAAGGUUUCGUCUGACAAGCAGAUGUUUUUUUUUCAAGACUACCGGUGAUAGGAUGGACGUUGAACAAAAGGCACCAAGCAGUGGAAGGCAACAGCUGGUUAGAUCGUGUUAACCAUGUUUCAGGUCACUUAAUUAGAUUUGCUGAGUCAGCGCUGGCCAGCGGGAGGAGGGGGCGGCUUCAUGAGCAGAGGCCCUUGGAUGCAAAUGUGCAGGGGCAGCAAGGAGACAUUAAAAUGCAGGCUGCGAGUGUGGGUUGAGUGCAUUCAAAUUCCCGAAAAGGCUAAAUAAAAAAGGAAGGAGUGUCUGGAGUGUUUAACAGUUCCUACUAACUAAGAUUUUUCAAGCUGGGUAUAAUGAAGGCUGGUAUUUUUUCUUUUUUCAAUGUAAGUUUGCUUUUCUAUCCAUUCUUUCACGGCUGCAGUAUCGUUCUUAUGGAAUGUUCGGAGUCUACUCUUAUGGCAUAGCCUAAACUUAAGUCACGAUUUCGGAAUAGGGAUUUAUGAUAUUUAGAAUUCAAAGUGGCAAGCGAACGCUGUUUUCGAUAACUGCUCGUCAGGACAGGACGGGGUACAAUGAGUGAAAGAAUCAAUAAAAGUUGGUUUUUAAACUACAGGCUAGGUAGGAGCGGAAGGGCGUAGAAAGUUGCAUGUGGUUAGUCAACCUUUGAACAUGGUAAGCGCGAAACCUGAACGAGGUUCUUUUGAGCGCAUAGGGUCGGUUUUCGUAACCUGAUGGCGACCGCUUCUGCUCUUGCUAACAGGCGCUGGCCCAGUAGCUUAGGAUAGCUCGAGGGGACCUUAUAAAUCUCACGAAAUGCUUCAGCGGGAUCCACACGAUGCCCUGAAUCCACUGUAUGCGCAAGUAUGGCGCUGUCUAUUCUCCUAGUUUCAGCUGUGACUAACAGUUAGGGAAGGUGUUCUUGUAUUCUUUAGAAUAGACGCCGACUCGUACGAUCACUAUAACCUGCUCCACAGGAGCAAGUGAAUGAGUAGAUGCACACUGAGGCGGUCUGAAGUGGCAGCCUAUCCUUGCCUUCUCCGCGUAAAAUAGGCUUAGUGGAGAAUGAUAUGCGAACCCUUGCUGGCGGGAAGGUUGCCGAGACAGCUUGGUCAAGGCGUCUUCUUAGGAGUUCGCUUACAGCGUCUCCUUGGAAUGGGACUCUGAGGAACAACGUUUUUUUUCGGCGGUCAGUGUGGUGGGUUUUGCGGGUCAUUCGGAAAAGUUCUUUGCAAUGAACCUGCCAGGAUACCCAUUUUCGCGAAACAGGACCUGGAUUUUUCUAAGUUCCUCCUCGAUACUAUCUGUUGAACAAAUUUUUUUUGGCCCUUUGUGCCGAAAACCUGGCUAGAUUUCGUUUUUUGUUGGAGAGGUACGAAACUAGCGAAGUUCGUGUAUUGUUCAGAUCAGAUCUUAUUCUGAUAGACGCUCCUUCGGAUGCUACCGCCAGAUCACCUGUUUAGAAGAACAUCCAAUAAAGCAAGCGAACCGGCAGAUUUCAUCUCCAACGUAAAUUUGAUCGAUGGAUGCGCUCGGUUUACGGCAUUUAGGAGGGCAGAAACUUCGGUUUCUGUGAUUGCAAUCCCAAAGAUAUCAAGAUCAGCCGUUUUCAAGAUCUAAGACCUUCGGCGGUUCAAUUUGGGAAAGUUGAGGCAGUCGCGGUGAUCAUUUUAAAGAGAGCAGGGACUAACAGAAGCAGACUUAUUGAACUACUCACGUUUCCUAGAGGAUGGUCAGCGCGACACGUUCAAGGCGUUAAAUGCAUAAAACCAAACAGAAAAGAUAACUGGCAUGCCGAGCCAAGCGAUUUUACUCUUCAUUCGCUGCCUCGUCCUUUUGGCGGAUGUUUGGAGGGCUUGACCGCUGAGUGCGUUAAGAGUCAUUAAUUCUGCGGUCUAGUGGAUCCUUUUCUAUCGUCCGGCCGUGACUGCGUGACUUUAGUAAUUUCUGCGUGACCAUCUUGUCCUGAUCUUUGUGUACGUAGUGACAGAAGACUUUAUAAGUUCAGGAAGUUCAAGUAGCCUGUUGAUAGGGUUGGAGUCUGAGUACCAUGCGUCAGCUCUCAGUCAUUCUAUUCCGGAUUUGUCACGAUCUAAGGUAGUCGCUCGUUGAAGGCCAAGCGUACUAUGGGAUAGUUCAGCAUGCUUAAGAAUAGCGGACAGCGUGUUUGAAGACCCUAGCAAUGCCUUCCGGUUUGAGGGUUUAGGUCUAAUCUCCAGCAUGUCCAUUAGUGCCCUUGUGACCUUUCGACGUUUCGACGGUCAUUUCCAAGGAUGUCUACCAUGUGAUUCGCGGCAAGGUGAGAGCAGGGACAGUGAAUCGCGUGCGAAUUCAUUUACGGUGGCACUGGACUUUCACAACCUGCCCUCCGUCCCAACCCGGAUUUCAUAUGCAGUGGGGGCGCCGCAUCGAGAGAGGAAUGAAGAGGUUUACCUCUUCUUACAAGACAGGUACCGAUGUGUGCGAUCGGCGAGGGUGGAUGCGACGCUUGUUCGUUAGUCUCUGUGCGAAGCAUUGGCAUGUGCUUGACUAGGCCCAUGCGUGAGGUGAAUGUGCGGUGAAAGUCUUGGCAGAAUAAUUUGAGAGAUGUUCACUUAUAUGCCGUGGUGGUGCUGCUAAAGGUUUCCAUACUGAUGGAUGAGCAAUUAUUUGGCCGCCCUUUGGGAAGCCUCUACGUAUUCUCAGUUCCGGUGUCUGCACAGGUGUCUCGACAAUAAUGUGCUACCGAAAUGUGUUUCAUACAAGCCCCCCGUUAACACGGACUUGACGAGACGAGCAGUAUUUCAGAACGGCAGAAGGAUGAUCCGAGUCCUCCUUCAAGACUGCCACGCGAGACUUCGCAAGUACUGUCAAAGGAUUGACCAAGAAAAGACAACAUUCUGUGAGAUCUGUGAGAUCGGUACAAAUCUGCUCCUGCAGAGGAUAGCUGAACAAGCCCGCUAACAGAGAAUGAUACGCGACGCAGCACUGGUGAACAAAUUCCGAAAGCUGCCCAAUCCAACGUCGUCCAGAAACGACAAACUGGUGCACAACCUGUCGUCAGAGGAGCUGACGAAUGAUCAUAUGCAGGUUUUACGGCGCGAAGCUUCAUUUAACACGGCUGAUGCCAAGCCUGUUAACAUGAUUGCAGUAGUGGAAUCAAUCCCUUGUCAGACGGAGGCAGCGGAUGAGAUUAAAAGCCUCGUCCGACACCAAUUGUCGUCUCUCCUGAUGACCCACAGGCUGCAGGAAGUGCUUUCCAAGGUCGAACAUGAUGAGCUUAGGUCGACAAAGACCUGGUCAUCUAGGCAGCCGACAAAGGGCGCGCUACGAUUGUACUGGACAGGACAGACUACCUUCAAAAAGCCAAGGGUUUACUGGAGGACCGACAGUUAUAUAUCUCAUGUGCAACAAACCCUGUAAAAGCGCUAACACACGAAAUUAAUGCUACGUUCAUAUUGACCCAACUGUGAAAAACUCGGUGCCUGGGCAGUCAACUUACUGUAUCAGAUUUGGUAGAUUCCAGACGUUGCAGUAGGUUGGGCGGGUAAGCUGACACAAAUGUGAUAAAACUCGAGUCGUCCGUCGGGGCCUGGUAGCCCAGGUGGUUAGAGCGUUGGCUGUACUAAAGCCUUCCCCUUACUGCGUGGGUUCGGAUCCCGCCGAGGCACCGAGUUUUUCACAGUUGGGUCAAUAUGAAUUAUUCAAAAUCUGCCAAAACAUCUAUGAAUAAUGCUACGUUGUUGGCCUUAGAGAACUAAGGUGCAAUAACACCGACCGACAGACCCAUAGCGAGACCCCAAGAUAUGGCUUUGGCCCGAUUCUAUGGCCUCCCUAAGGUGCACAAAGACGACGCUCCACUCCGAGCCAUCGUGCCACUCAAAGGGACUCCAACGUACGGACUGGCUUAGUGGCUGUUCCGGCGUCUCAAGUUCCUGACCGCAGAGUCAGACACCACAGUCUCUUCGUCAGCACAAUUCCCGGAGAAACUCAAAGGGGUAAAUCUCCAUCCAAUUGAGGUCAUGGUAUCUUUUGAUGUUAUAUCCCUUUUUUAUUCUAUUUCCCAGGACCUGUCGAUCGUGACAUUUGAGCUGCUACCACAAAGCAAAUACGAUGAAACAGAGAAUCGCCUUGGACGAGCCCAUAUCCUUCAGCUCCGGAAACUCUGUCUCAGGACGUACUUCACGUUCGACGGCACAAUCUACGAACAGGUGCAGGGCACACCAAUGGGUUUGCUGAUUUCGGGGUUCAUCGCCGAGGCGGUUCUGCAACGGCUAGAGUCGCUGGUUUUCCAACACUACAAACCGAAGCUCUGGGCCCAGUACGUGGAUGAUACCUUCGUCGUCAUCGAACGGGAUCAGGUGCUGACAUUCAAGGAACGUCUGAAUGCGGUCUUCCCGUACAUACAAUUUACGAUGGAGGAGGAAGAGAGCAACCAGCCGGCCUUCCUGGAUGUUCUCGUAUGCCACGAAGAUUGUGGUGGACUAAAGACCAAAGUUUUCAGGAAAGCGACAAAUAGGAUCUAAGUACUAAACUUCAACAGCUACAACCCAAUCAGCCACAAACGCAGUUGUGUAAGGACGUUCUAACGGCGUGUCGACACGCAGUGCAGUGAGCCGGAAGACAAGAUUGCCGAACUACAAUACCUCCGACGGGUAUUCAAAGCCGAUGGCUACCCGCACAACUUUGUCAGCCGGUGGAUACGUAAAAGGGAAGAAAGGCCUAGCCGAAAGUAAACCAAAUCUUGGCGGGCGCUUCCGUAUGUCAAGAACGCUUCGGAAGCUGUUGGCCGCCUUCUCGCACCACUUGGGGUUGGAGUUGCUAACAGGCCGGAGGCAACCAUCAGGCGUCAGUUGAUAAAACCAAAAGACCCACUGCCACGGCAAGAAACGUCUGGAGUCGUUUAUCGGAUCUGGUGCAGUAGCGGACAAAGCAACUACGUCGGAAUAACCGGAGGACAUCUCCGAACGAGAAUGGCCGAACACGCGGAACGGUGCGCAGAAAUGACGCCAGCUCUCGAGUUGCGGCUCAUUCGACGAGAUCCGGCCACAUAUGCAAAUUCGACGAGGCCGAAAUUAUCGCAAGAAUUGACAACCGCGUGAGCCGGGAGCUACUUGAAUCAUGGUUUUCUGGCCCCCAGUCGAUUAGCAAGUUCAACGAACUUCCCCUUCCAUACUCGGUGCUGAGACUUCGCCAAGGCGCAAUAAUUAUCCACGGGCGGAGCACCCAUGUGAACACUUGUCCCAACAGCAGGGUCAGGGCGUCAGAUGGUCGAGCCAUCAUCACACCAACAUCCAACGCACGUGAUGAAAUUGCGGCAAUUAACGACGCAAAUGUCGGCCAGCAAGCAGUCAGCGCACCAAGUGCGACGAUCCCGGAUGAGGAUGGGGGAGCCGUGAAUGUUCAUAGGUAUGCGGUAGCAUGGCUACUGCAUCCUAUAAAUACUGCAGCCCCUUGUGCGUGAAUCAGCCGUAUCUGCUGGUCUCUGAUGAUGGAUUCGAGCAGGAAUCCGAAACGUCAGGCUAAUAAAGCUCUCGUCCCAGCGAUCGUGUCUCCUUCUUCAAGAACUGGUGUAUGUGCAAGGCGUGUUAGUUGUGUCGAUACUGCGGUGCAGUCAGCUCCGUAGAAACACAUGUAACCGAACAAGCCCAUGCAGUGAACGAGUGUGUGGAGACAAUAUAAACACUAAAAGCCAAUGCAGCGAGUAUAAUGUCGGGGGGCUACGGCGCUGCUGCGUCCGUCGCGGUGCGGGGGAUUCGCAGGUGACCGACCAGGCCUGCGUGUGAGGUGAAUGUGCGAUCGUAGUGAGGACAGGUUGGGGCCAAGUCGCAUCGAUGGAGGAGAAGGUGGUGACGGUGAGGGUGGUAGUUGAUGGGAUAUCGGAAACCUUUUGACCGGAAGCAGAAUUAGGGGUUGUGAUAGUCGUCGUCGCCGUGGGGAUUGAGGCAGACAUGAUGGACGUAGAGGUGAUUUACGGCGGUGGGUGCAGAGAUUGGGAGCAGCAGUGGUGAGAGUGGGCACCGUCGUGGAACUCGUCGGUGUUGGUGCAGCUGCGGCUGAUGCGCUGUUGCUGCAUCAAGUCCGGGGAUUUCCGACGAGGCCAAAUCGCGCAACGAGGACAUGCUGGGAAUUAUGAGUUUCUCUCUUGGCUUCCGCAGCGGCGUUUCGGUUGAUUUCACAGAUUGCUGUCCCGGUCCUUACUGCUCUUCUUCCAAAUGAGGUCUUUCCGGGUCUUUGGUUCGAUUUAUAAUUGCUUCAAGGAGUUUUUCAAAGUGUUCUUGUAGCAGCAGGUUCGAUAUAUUUGUCGGUGUGGGGGAACCGGUGAAAAUAUCUCCGUAGAAAAGUUGUUUUUAGGCGCUCAUCAUCGAUCAUCACGAGGUCACCAGUCCGGUCUAGUUGCAAAUGCCUCAACAUGGCGUGGACGUCCAGGAUUCCGGUCCGUUCAAAAAUUUCCGUACCUGGAAUCCUAUCCUGCUGCCUCAAAUUUAGUAUCAGACAGAUGUAAAUGAGGUGGAAGUGAUUGAGCUUGCGCCGCUGUUUCUUGUAGACUAGUCACGUUUCCGCUCCAUGCAGCGGCGUUUUUAAGGUAGCAGUUUUGUAAAUCUUGAUUUUGUUGUUGAGAUUGACAAUGUUGCGAUUUGAUACGGAAUUCUGCAGCCACCUCAAGGCCUGGCUGACUUUCGUGAUCUGGUGAGUCAUUUUAUUGUCAGUUUUGAUGCAGGUUGAGAUCGCAUUACCUAAUUAGGUGAAUGCGCCUAGGAUUUUAAUUUGAGAACUACUGACGGCUGGCUGUUGAUGCAUGACCACCAUUCUCUCCGGGGUGAUGGCUGACCGGAAUUUGACGCAGCGGGAAGCGAAGAGGUCCGUGCUCCUUUGCAUAUCCUCAUCGAUCGCAGUGUUCAGUCGUCCGCGAAGAUCAGAUCAUAGAGAACCGCAUUGAGGCCUGUAGGUGGCCGUCAGUCCUGUAGACGAUGCGGCCCCGGGGCACUCAUCGGCAUAGUAGAAAAUAUAAGGCUUAGAUGUACUGGGAAAAGUAUGCAGCCCUGCUUCUCUCUUUUAGUCACUGAAAUGCUUCAGAGACGGUCCGUUCCUCCCUGACGCUCGCCAUCGUUCCGUUGUGGAGCUGUCGUAUCAUGUGCUGAAAUCGCCGAGUGCUACUGAAUUUUUAAACAAUUUUCCAGAGUGCAUAGCAAUGCACCGUGUUGAAGGCUUUCAUCAAGUCCACGAAGGUAUCGUGGAGGUGGAUUCGCAUUUUCUGGCAACUCCACUGCAGCUGGUGAGCGGAGAAGAUCAGGUUGCUGGUACCGCGAUGGCGUUGAAAGUCACAUUGGCUCUUCGAAGGAAGUUUCUGCCCGAGACAUUUGAGGAGGAUGCGAGCGAAGUCCUUUCCGGUGACAUUUAG